AUGAUGACCAUGACUACGAUGGCUGACGGCUUGGAAGGCCAGGACUCGUCCAAAUCCGCCUUCAUGGAGUUCGGGCAACAACAGCAGCAGCAACAGCAGCAGCAGCAGCAGCAGCAGCAGCAACAGCAGCCGCCGCCGCCGCCGCCGCCACAGCCGCACUCGCAGCAGAGCUCCCCGGCCAUGGCAGGCGCGCACUACCCUCUGCACUGCCUGCACUCGGCGGCGGCGGCGGCGGCGGCGGCCGGCUCGCACCACCACCACCACCAGCACCACCACCACGGCUCGCCCUACGCGUCGGGCGGCGGCAACUCCUACAACCACCGCUCGCUCGCCGCCUACCCCUACAUGAGCCACUCGCAGCACAGCCCUUACCUCCAGUCCUACCACAACAGCAGCGCGGCCGCCCAGACGCGAGGGGACGACACAGAUCAACAAAAAACCACAGUGAUUGAAAACGGGGAAAUCAGGUUCAAUGGAAAAGGGAAAAAGAUUCGGAAGCCUCGGACCAUUUAUUCCAGCCUGCAGCUCCAGGCUUUAAACCACCGCUUUCAGCAAACUCAGUACCUGGCCCUUCCCGAGAGAGCUGAACUGGCAGCUUCCUUAGGACUGACACAAACACAGGUGAAGAUAUGGUUUCAGAACAAACGCUCUAAGUUUAAGAAAUUGCUGAAGCAGGGCAGUAACCCGCACGAGAGCGACCCCCUCCCGGGCUCAGCGGCCCUGUCACCGCGCUCGCCGGCGCUGCCUCCAGUGUGGGACGUUUCUGCCUCAGCCAAGGGCGUCAGUAUGCCCCCCAACAGCUACAUGCCCGGCUAUUCGCAUUGGUACUCCUCUCCACACCAGGACACGAUGCAGAGACCACAGAUGAUGUGAGUUGUCUGAGGGAAAUUGAUACCCUAGGGAAACGUCUGAACAAGGCAAGGAGGAUCCAGGACCUGCUUGCAUCUGCCAAACCCAGCCGAAGGAGGAGGCUCGGAGAACUCUUCUGUGUGGCAAGACAGUCUGGGCGCUUGCUCGCCCUCUCGCUCUCUCUCCCCCUCUCUCCUCCUUC